AACUUUGCCUAGAAGGCCAGCAUCCCGGAGUUUCUUUCAAAAACAAGGACAUUUCUAAGUGAGCCCAAACUUUUGAACAGUAGUGUGUAUAAUAUCAUAUACGGUUUGCAACAUCCGUGCCAAUAUAUCCUCCAAACACCGGCUUCUUGGGCAUUAUGAAGUGGCAUUAUGAAAACGUUCUGAAUGGAAACCAAGGCAACUGUCACCUUUGGCCAGGAAAUGCCUAUAACCUCCUGAGACCCAGCAAUUUUAUGUGUAUUUUGAUGAGGUAUUUAGCAUUGAGGAGCAUGACCAGCCGUCUGGCAGGGCCAAAUGGUGCUACUCCAUACCCGAUGACCCUGAGGCAAACCUGGGAGGCACCUCUAGAGUCCCCGACCACCUCCAGGCUGGUUUCCUCUACCAUGUCUCCGUCCUCCAGGAUCUGACUGAGGGAACAGACGACCAGGGCUUCCAGAACUACCAAUGUGGCCUGUGUCGGCUGCCUCUUCCCAGCCUUGCUUCCCUCCAGGCCCACCUCUUGGUCAGCUGGACCCACAGCACAGGCUGUAACCGCCUCUACAGUGACAUGAUCAGGCUGUGUCCGUCUCCUCCUCCUCCAUUGGUGCAUGUGUCUGAGGAGCCAUCACCGUCUUCCCCCAGCCAUGUCCACAAUAACCAGCAGGACCAGGAGGCUGAUAGGGCCUGUCAUCUCUACUCCAUCCCCAAUGACCUUGAGGCGAAACUGGGAUCGCGGCGAGGCAGAUGCACUGACCACCUCCAGGCCGACUUCGUCCGCUAUGUCUCCAGCCAGGCCUCCAAUAACAGUCCAGGCUACCACCGGGGCUACCAGGGCUCUGAGGGCUACCAGUGUGCCCUGUGUCAGCUGCCCUUCCCAAGCCUGGCCUGCCUCCAGGCCCACCUUCUAGACAGCUGGGAAGACAGGCAGGCCUGUAGCUUCCUCUACAGCCAGAUGAUCAGACGUUGUCCCUCUCCUCCUCCUCCUAUGGUGGUGAAACCAGUUCUGCGCAUCACUGACUCCUCCUGCUCAUCCACUGUUUCAGUCACAAAGAAACUUCCAAGACACCAUGCAGAGCACCUUGAUCCAUACUUGCCUUCCACUUCAUCAUCCUCAGUCUCAGCCACUGUGGCAUCUUCAUCAUCCAGGCACCAUGAGCAUGUACUGUCUCCAGUCCUGCCUACCUCCUCCUCCUCCUCCUCCUCCUCCUCCACCUCAGCCAUAAUACCCUCGAGAAAGAGAAGGAGAGACAACGACGUGAGCUCGAGAGGGGCCCCCAGGAGCCCCAGCCUCCACCCCAGCUUUAGCACUUUGUCUCGGGGAGACGAGAGCCAGCAGGCUGGCUCCUCCUUGAUGAGACCCAUGGAUAACCUCCAGAGCUACCUCCCUCAGCCCUACUGUUCCCAGCCCAGCCACAGUACUCUGUCUUGGGGGGAGGAGAGCCAUCAGGCAGGCCCCAGCAAGAGACACAGAAAGCUGGAAGCCACCACACAGGGAUACCCUGGAACCAACAGCACAGCAAGCAGGCGAACGAGGUGCAAGAAAAAGUACAAGAUGCUACAGAGGAAAGCCCUUGUGUAUCCUCAUGAAGUUGGCCCCAGCGAUAUGCCCAGGGCUAGACCUACUUUGUGAAGAUGAAUAGGUCAUUAAGUAAUGUUUUUUUUUUGGUUCUGGUGUGUUUUCAGUCCACUGUUGACUUGUUUUUUACUUAAGUGUGCAUGACUAUUAUCUAUGUAAGGUUUGGGUCAAUUCAAUUCCAAUUUUUUCUUAUAGGAGGCAAUGACGAAAAUGUGAUUUGAUUCAGGAAUUUCUGUUUAAUUCCUCAAUAUCUAUGCACCAUUUUGGUACCAUGUAGUUAUGAAUUGGGGUUAGAAAUAAGGAAUACCUGUUGAUAUCAUGUUAUUUCAUGAUAAAUGCUACACUCUUAGGACAGCCAAAUGACCCUUUUUGGACCCCUUUUUUUAAGAGUGUAGUUGUAAACACUAUAUGAAAUAGUACCGUAAAAUAAAGUUACCACAUAGCCUAUUUAUUCGAAUCCUAUAUAAAAACAAAAAAUCUCCAUGAAUUUAUUUGCUCUGCAUUUGAUGAAUUGAAAUAAAAUUUAAAA